AUGGCUGCUCCAACGGAGCACAAUGCAUACGCACCUUCACCUAGGGACAUUUCGAUCACGCCCCUACUCAAACGACUGUGGCCUUCACCUGGAGAGAAUAAUGUCACGGCAUCAGAAAUUGCUUCAGCAAUCUCACACAUUUUCACGGAUUCAUUAUCUCCCGUCCAAACAGGUGCUUUACUCACAUGUUUGCAUUUUACUGGAUGGGAUCGAAAAGCAGAUGUUCUUGCAAAAUGCGCCGAAGCUAUGAGAGAAGCUGCUUCACCAGUUGACAAAGAAGCUCUAGACAAAGUUGUCGCGGCUGUUGGGAGAUCAGAAGGUGGCUAUAAGGGAGGAUUGUGCGAUAUCGUUGGUACUGGAGGAGAUUCGCAUCACACUUUCAACAUUUCAACCACAUCCUCUAUUUUGGCUUCAUCCUUAUUACUUCUAAGUAAGCAUGGAAAUAGAGCAUCUACUUCAAAGUCAGGAUCAGCAGAUCUCCUCAGCUGUACUUUACCUUCGGCACCAAACUUAUCAGCGGUGACACCUGAAACUAUCACUAAAGUUUACGAAAAAAGUAAUUACGCUUUUCUUUUCGCACCCGUCUUCCAUCCUGGUAUGAAAUAUGUUGCUCCUAUCCGAAGGGAGCUCGGUUGGAGAACAAUCUUCAACCUGAUGGGCCCCCUUGCCAAUCCCGUCGAGUGCAGCAUUGAAGCCCGACUUUUGGGAGUUGCUCGACGAGAUAUUGGGCCUGUCUUUGCAGAUGCCCUUAAGAUGAGCGGUGCCAAAAAGGCCAUGGUUGUUUGUGGAGAAGAAGACCUCGAUGAAAUCAGUUGUGCAGGACGGACAUUCUGCUGGAGAUUAAUGGAAUCUUCUGAUGAUGAUGUGAAAAUUGAGAGCUUCACAAUUUGUGCUGCUGAUUUUGGACUUCCAUCACAUGACCUGAAGGACGUUUCACCAGGGAAGGAACCUCAUGAGAAUGCCGCAAUUUUAAUGAAUCUACUUCAAGACAAAUUACCAGACAAUGACCCAAUCCUGGAAUUUGUUCUCAUGAACACUGCAGCCUUGUUUGUCGUCUCGGGUAUUUGUGAUGCAGAUACUAGUGAUAUGGGCCACGGGGAUGAUGGAAAGGUUAUCACUGAGAGAGGACCUGGUGGGGGAAGAUGGAAGGAAGGCGUAAGAAGAGCUCGAUGGGCUAUUAAGAGUGGCGAGGCCUACAGGCAAUGGAGACAAUUUGUCGAAGUUACCAAGACAUUUUAG